AUGAUGGGAGCAAGGAUUCAACUGCUACAUUUGCUGGGGAUUCUCUUGCUGGCAUCAGUUUCUGUCUCAUUUGGUACUUCAAUUCGGAAUCACCAAGAGAGCGAAGGAAACUCAUAUUCAGAAGAAAACCCCUUCUACUUCAGCUCUGAUAGUUCGUUCCUCACUCUCUACAAAAACCAAUAUGGUCAUAUUCGUGUCCUCGAGAGGUUCGACCAACGCUCCAAACGACUUGAGAAUCUUGAAGACUACCGUCUUGUAGAGUUCAAGUCCAAACCCCAGACACUCCUUCUUCCUCACCAUGCUGAUGCUGAUUUCCUCCUAGUUGUCCUUAGUGGGAGAGCAAUACUCACCUUGGUGAACCCUGAUGGCAAUGACACCUUCAUUCUUGAGCCUGGCUAUGCCCAGAAAAUCCCUGCAGGAACCGUUUUCUAUUUGAUUAACCCUGAUGAAAACGAGAAUCUCAGAGUGAUCAAACUCGCCAAACCCGUUAACAACCCUCACAAAUUUCAAAAUUUCUUCCUAUCCAGUACUGAAGCCCAACAAUCCUACUUGCAAGGGUUCAGCAGGAAUAUUCUAGAGGCCUCCUUCGAUAGCGAAUUCAAGGACAUAAACAAGGCUCUGUUUGGAGAGGAAUAUGGUAAGAGUAAGCAAGAGGGAGUGAUUGUUGAACUGUCAAAGGAGCAAAUUCGUCAACUGUGCAAGCACACCAAACCUAGUUCAAGCAAAACCAUUUCCUCUGAAGAUGAACCAUUCAACUUGAAAAGCCUCAAACCCAUCUAUUCCAACAAGUAUGGCAAGUUGUAUGAGAUCACACCAAAGAAAAACCCCCAGCUUCGGGACUUCAAUAUCUUCCUCAGUAAUACGGAUAUCAGUGAGGGUGGUCUUUAUCUGCCACACUACUAUUCAACGGCCAUAGUGGUAAUAGUGGUUAAUAAAGGAGAAGCAAAGGUUGAACUUGUUGGCCCUAGAGAACAAGAACAGAAGCAGGAAGAGGAACAAGAAGAAAGUAGGAAAGUGCAGAAGUUCAGAGCUGACUUGUCUGAAGACGAUGUAUUUGUAAUCCCAGCAGCUUAUCCAGUUGCCAUAAAUGCUACCUCCAAGUUCAAUUUCUUUGCCUUUGGUAUCAAUGCUGAGAACAGCGAAAGGAACUUCCUCGCAGGUGAGAAAGACAAUGUGAUGAGCGAGAUACCAAAACAAGUGCUGGAGGUUACUUUCCCUGGAUCUGGUGAAAAUGUUGAGAAGCUAAUAAAGAAGCAGAAGGAAUCCUUCUUUGUGGAUGCUCAGCCUCAGCAAGAGAAGGGGGGGUAUAAGGGAAGAAAGGGUCCAUUAUCUUCGAUUUUGGGCACUCUCCACUGA